AUGCUGAGCUGGUCCCGCGCAGAGGACCUGAGACCCGAACACCUGUCCCGGAGCCCUGGCCCCAGCCCCGGCCCCGGCCCCGGCUCCGGCCCCGGCCCCGGCUCCGGUCCCGGUCCCAUGUCCAGGAGCGACAUCCUGAGAGGGAUCAUCACCGAGCGGCUGAGCUCCGCCGCCCGGGACAUCCUGGCCGUGGUGGAGAACGCCGUGGCCGACUAUGAGCAGGAGGCUUCGGGCUUCCGGCAGGAGAUCGACCGGCAGCGGCGGCAGCUGGAGCUCCUGCGGCCGCAGGUGAAGCAGGAGGCGGAGGACGACGUGCCGCUGUUCCCCGUCGGCGAGGCCGGAGGAGGGGGAGGAGAACGUCCGGACGCUGAGGAGGAACCGCUGAAGUACCAGCCAGGCGUGGGGGACAGCUGGGGUCUGGACUGGUUCUCGUACAGGGAGCCGGUGGAGGACGACAUGGAGGACGAGGGGGCGGAGCCUCCUGACUGGACGGCGCCGAUGUUCUUCCAGCUGGAAGACGAGGCAGAGGCGUACGGGCCGGCCUUCGGGUUCCCGCCGCCCUCGGUUCCACCUGCCAGGAGGAGGGUGGGCCGGCGCCGCCUCACCGGCCUGGGCCUCCUGGACCUCCGGGUCCGGAUCCUGAACGACUCGUCCAUCCAAGUCCUGUCCAAGAACGUGUUCCAGAGGUUCCCUGCUCACCGCCUGCGGGUUCCCCGCGGCCUGCAGGAGGACCAGUUCCUGAACCUGCUGCGGUCCCGGUUCCCCCAGCUGGCCGCUGCCGCGGAACCCUUGAGCAUCUUCAGCAGCGGGCGGAGCCGCCGGCUGCAGCCGAUCAGGGUGGAGAGACUGACGCCCGAGGAGAUCUGCAGGAACCUCGGUUCCACCGGAACCGCCUCCAUCUACAUCCAGAUCGAGGAUCCGGCGGUUCUCCAGAUUCCAGAGACUCAGAGUCGACCACAAACACCAAGUCCUGUGGAACAUCUCAGGUCCAGUCCUGAUUCAGACCCACUGAGAGGAUCCGGUUCUGAGCAGAACCCUCCAGCUGACGGCCCGCUCACCCUGAGGGUCCGGGUUCUGGAGGAGUCCCGGGUGGGGAGCAUCAGCCCGAACCUGUUCCAGAGGUACCCGGCUCAGCGGCUGCAGGUCCCCCGCGGCCUGCAGGAGGAGGACUUCCUGGACCUGCUCCGGUCCCAGUUCCCUCAGCUGCCGGCCGGAGAACCGCUGACGUUCCUGUCGGGCCGCGGCCGGAAGAUCCGCCCCCUGCUGCUGGAGACCGUGACCCCGGAGGAGAUCCUCCUCAGGACCGGAGGGAACCCGCUGGUCUACGUCCAGCUGAAGCCUGCAGGAGAACCUCAGGCCAGACGGAGGAGACCCAGAACCCCUCCUAGAACGCCACUGUCCCCCAGAGUCCAGGCGGACCAGAGGAACCCGGAGGAACCUCCACAGGACGGGUCGGAACCCCACCUGGACCUGAAAACCCGCCUCCUGGAGAACCCCCGCAUCGAGCCUGUCCCCCCGUCCAGUGAGAACCGACCGGUUCCCCAGGAGAACGCUCCGGUCCUCCUGCCCCUGAAGGAGGAUCUGGACGUCCAGGCCGCGGAUAGGAAGAGUCUGAGGAGAACCGUGGAACCCGCUGCAGGUUCUCCGCCCUCCAGCCGAAGCAGACGCGGUUCUCCAGUCCCACGUGGAGCGAAGCGGGUCGUGGUUCCGUCCGAGUCCCCGGAGGUGCUGAGGAACCACCUGCAGAACCACCGGAGAGCGCGCCGCUGCGGCAAGACGGCGUUGCCGGCGGCCGGGCCGGGAGGCCACGCCCACCACGCCUUCGCAGUGCUGAAGAACCGGCGGCGGUUCCGUCGCUGCAGGGUCUGCCUCAAGUCCUACGUGUCCAAGAAGAGCCUGGAGCGCCACCUGUUGAGCCACACCCCGCCCCCGGCCCCGCCCCGGCCCGCGGGGCUCCGCCUCCACCCCCCUACCACCGCCGCCGGGCCGGGCCGGCGCCACGCCUGCCCCGUCUGCAGGAGAACGUUCUCCACGAAGGACAAUCUGCGAGUCCACGCCCGGCGGCGCUGCUCUGGACGGUUCCGCUGCUCCAGGUGCAGCAAGACCUUCAAGACCAGCAGAACCCUGAAGACCCACCUGAGGGUCCACAGCCGGAACCCUGCAGUGGAUGGCACUGCCAGGGUUCCCCAGGAACCACAGGACACAGGACAGGUUCCCCCAGAGGACACAGGACAGGUUCCCCCAGAGGACACAGGACCUACCUGAGCCGGACCCCCUUGUUCUCCCUCCAGACUGUUCCAGAACCCUCCGUUCUCACAGUGCUUAGCGUCUGCCUGAACCCGGCUCGGGUUCUGUUAGAGAACCGACAGAACCGAUCCUCUUAAAGCCCACUGAGUCUGGAACAGUUCUCCGUCCACAGUUCUGGUUCUCGCUCCGGUGCUGCUAAAGCUGAUACCCCUUUCCCACCGGCCAGAGAACCCGUUUCAACCCGCUGAUACCCGGUUCCUCGUGGCGGUGGGGAAGGGGUAUCGGGUCCAGCAGGUCCAGUAAAGAGGAUCCCAACACAGAACCCAUCUAACAGCAGACGCUCUGAAGAACAGGGAGACGGAGCCGUCUCGGUUCUAGCCCAGACUUCAACGGUCUAACAGGUUCCAUGGAGCUGCAGCGGCGUGGGGAACGUUCCGCCUCAUGUGGAUCUCCCCAAAUCAUCAAGGUUCUUGAACAUAACUGUUCAAGGUUUUGAAGAACCUGAGAACCCAACUUUCAAACUAAAGUCCGAUCUUUCCGAGCUGCCUCUCAGUUUUUAGCUAGCUAGCUAGCAUUUAGCUGUUUUAGCUAGCUACCAUUAGCUUAGCUCUUUCAGCGUGUUUCGGCUUCUGUCCACGUUCUCCGUCUCUUGUUCUCAUUCUAGGUCAGACGUUUGAAAAAUGUUUAAAAUAUCUGAAUCUGUUUCAAAGUAAAAGUCCUUCCUGGUUUUUAGACACUUUAUUUUGACGAGGUCGUUUCAGAAAAAGGCGUUUUCAUCCUGAAUGUCAUCCUGUUGCUUUCAGUCGUUUUUGUUUACUUUGAAUUAAAUAUUUUUACAUUUA